AUGGCUUCUUCCCCUUUGAACCAAAAAUCCAAUUUUCAUGCUCGUUCAAACAGCUUGCCUUCUAGACCUCAUCCACUUGUUACUCAAAUAGAUGAGUAUCUAUGUAGGCUAAAGUCCAAUGAAUCUGCCUCAUCUUCAUCCCCGCCAUUGACCCGAAAUCUAAGUGGCCUUAGAGAUCUGUAUGAGUUGGUUGAUGAUUUACUUCAACUUCCUGUAAUACAACAAUCAUUAGCCCAACGAUGCAAUGACAAGCAGGUUAACGAGCUGUUGAAUGAGUCUCUCAAGCUCUUGGAUGUAUGUGGUGUGGCCAAGGAUGUUCUAUUGCAGGCCAAGGAAGAUACGCAACAACUUCAAUCGAUUUUGAGAAGAAGAAGAGGCACUGAAGCUGGUUUCACAAAUGAAACUAAGGAAUACUUUGCUUCAAGGAAGAAAGCAAAGAAGUUAAUACGUAAGUCUUUGAAAGCUUGUAAAUGUGGCUUUGCUCAGCUAGAAAACGACGGCGAAGCCACAUUUAGCAUGUUGAGAGAGGUUGAAAGAGUAACAUUCACUGUGUUUGAAUCUCUCUAUUCUUAUAUCUUUGGGUCAAAGAUGGAAUCAAAAUCUACCAACUGGUCUUUGGUGUCUAAGUGGAUGAGCUCCAAACGUGUAACAUGUGAGGGAGAAGCAACGGAAACCAACGAAUUCGAGAAAGUGGAUGCUGUUUUGUGCACUGUCAUUGGUAACAAGAUCGGAAAAUCUGGAAAAAUGAGCAGUGAUGAUGCACAAAUUGAGUUGCAGAAAUUGGAGUCAAGCAUUCAAGAUCUUGAAGAUGGAGUGGAGUGCUUGCUGCGGCUCUUGAUCAAAACUAGAGUUUCUGUUCUCAACAUCCUUAGCCAAGAGGCAUUUACCUGA